AAGUACCACUGGGACAACUCAUCACUUUCCUUGACCUCCUCCUAUCCCAUGGAAAAUCAAGAAGGCGGUGGUGUUCUUCAUGUAGUGAUGUUCCCAUGGCUAGCCAUGGGCCAUCUCAUCCCUUUCCACCACCUCUCCACUCUCCUAGCUUCCAAAGGCCACAAAAUUUCUUUCCUCUCCACCCCAAGAAACCUCAACAGACUCCCCAAAACACCCCUCUCUCUCUCCUCUCUCAUCAACCUCAUCCCCCUCCCCCACCUCCAAAUCCAAAACCUCCCACCCCUAUCCGAGUCCUCGAUGGAUAUCCCACACCAACAAGCCCAACUCCUCAAAAUAGCCUUCGACUCACUGGAAACCCCACUGGCCCGCUUCCUCGAAUCCGCGAGCCCGAAGCCCGACUGGGUCGUCUACGACUACGCCUCCCACUGGCUCCCGCCGCUCGCGGCAGAUCUCGGGGUCUCCGCCGCCUACUUCAGCCUCUUCAACGCCGCCAACAUGGCCUUCAUCGGCCCUCCGUCGAUGGUUCUGGAGCCAGAGUACGCCAGGACGACGGCGGAAGAUUUCACGGUGGUGCCACGUUGGAUUACAGCGCCGUCCGAGAUCGUUUACCGGCGUCACGAGGUGGCCAAGUAUUUUGAGAGUUCAGAGGGGAAUGAGUCGGGAACUAAUGACGUUGAGAGAUUUGCGGUUUCUAUCGGAGGGAGCGACGUCGUUUUGUUUCGGACUUGUGUCGAGUUUGAACCGGAGUGGUUUGAUAUAGUUUGUGAGCUUUAUAAUAAACCGGUCGUGGCAUUGGGUUUUUUGCCACCACAAUUGGUGAGUAAUGAGGAGGGAGGAAAUGAUGCGGAGUGGGGAGAAAUUGAGGGGUGGUUAGAGAAGCAGCGAGUGAACUCGGUCGUUUACGUUGCACUCGGGACCGAGGCUACGCUGAGUCAAGAUGAACUCACUGGGUUGGCUCUAGGGUUGGAGCGAUCCAGGUUGCCUUUCUUUUGGGUUUUAAGGAAGCCACCUGGGUCGAUCCGAGACCAGUUAGAGAUGCUGCCAGAUGGGUUUGUGAACCGGGUUAUGGACCAGGGGAGGGUUUAUAUGGAUUGGGCACCCCAGGCCAGGAUAUUGAGUCACCCAGCUAUCGGGGGCUUCUUGACUCAUUGCGGUUGGAACUCAGUGAUUGAGGGGUUGAGUUACGGGCGAGUUCUGAUUCUGUUUCCUGUGAUGAAUGACCAAGGGUUGAAUGCUAGAUUGUUGGCGGGGAAGAAGCUCGGCGUGGAGAUACCAAGGAACGAGUGGGACGGGACAUUUACAAGUGACUCUGUUUCUGACUCAGUUAGACUGGCCAUGGAGAGUGAGGAAGGGGAGACACUGAGGGCCAAUGCGAGAGAAGCCAAAUUUCUGUUUGGGGAUAAGUAUAUAAAUGAACGUUAUGUUGACAGUUUUGUACAUUACUUUGAGGAAAACAGACCAUCCAAAUAAUGAUAAAUGGUCUAUAAUAUGCAGCUUGUUGAUGAUAUGUACGUAGUUGAUGAUAUCCUCAUGUUUGUUACUUUUAAGUUU